CGAUCCAAUCUAUGUUUGGCCUGCAUUUAUAUUCGAAUAUUCAUACUUUGUUCAUUAAACGUAGUGAUUUGCUUUUGGUUUUAUGAUAGCGGAAGCAGCAUGAGUUCCAGAUUUUCGUCGCAGGUCCCCGAUUGCGUGGUUCAAACAUGCUACGAGUAUGAGGGCGUUAUCAUACCCAACUUAAUGCCCUUACGUGUGAUCAAACGAGUGAGGACAUUUGCAUGUCGACCCGAUGAUCUUUUCGUUGUGACCUACCCAAAGUCAGGUACAACAUGGACCGAGCAUUUGUGUCUUUUAAUAAAAUACGACGGUGAUCACAGCAAACUUGGAGGCGACCACUUGACUAAACAUUUCCCGUUCCUUGAGAUGGUCGAAGACCUAAGUAACCCAACGACCUCGCCAGCAUUGAUUGAUUUAGCCGAGAAGAUGCCAUCUCCUAGGAUGCUCAAAUCUCACUGCCACUCCCCCUUUCUACCCGCGGAUAUCGGAACCGAUGAUCCGAAAGCAAAGGUCAUUUACGUAGCGAGGAAUCCAAAGGACACGGCCGUCUCCAUGUAUCACUUCUGCCACUAUAUUCCAAAUAUGCCACGUUACGAAUCUUGGGAUGUUUUCUUUGAAGAGUUUCUAGCCGACAGGGCUCCCCAAGGAUCCUGGUUUGAAAACGUGUUACCAUGGUGGAGGAGAAGAAAUCAUCCUAAUGUUCUCUUUCUCAAAUACGAAGAUAUGAAGAAGGAUCUCCCAGGGACCGUGCGACAGAUCGCAGAGUUCAUGGGUAAAUCUCUUUCUGAUGACGUCAUUGCGAAAAUUGCUGAAGCUUCGACGUUCAAAGCAAUGAAGAACAACCCUUCAUCAAACCCAGAUACUCUCAUAAUGAAGGGUAUAGAGAAGGCUGGGAUGGAGAAACCAAAAGACAAAUCGUUCAUGAGGAAAGGCGUGGUCGGAGAUUGGAAGAAUUAUUUCACUGAUGACCAAAAUAAACGAUUUGACGAACUAUACGAGAAGCAAAUGGCGGGAUCUGGACUUGAAUUCGAAUUUUAGGAUUACAGUGAGAUUGAAACAACCAAUCUCACUGUCGACACGUUGGAGACAAAAAUUUCUAUAAUUAAAAAAAUGGGCUUAUGAGCAUAGUUUGUAUCCGAUAGAUAAAGUAGUUCCUUUGUUCUAUGUUUGUAUUACGAAAUAUAAAAAAAUCUAUGAAAAAAUUUUCUUCUCUAAGAACACUGUAAAAAAUAUUGGGUAAGGUUUUAACCAGUACGAGGAUAAUUAUGUGACCAACUUAUUUGGGGCAGUAUUUUACCCAAUGUAGGAAGUAUAUUGUCAAGUAAGCAGGUAAGAUU